AUGGCUGAAGAUAUUCCUCAUUCCAACUUCUCUCUCCUCGACCCUUUCUUCACCCGACAACUUGCUCCCUUUCCAGAAGACGUUGAAAACCAACAACGAGAAGAAGAGAGACAAGCCGCCGAACUUCGUGGACUUGUCACAUCAAACGCUCAAGACAUCCCUCUCUUCUCCGACGACGUCGCGUCGUCAAGAUUGAACAUUGAACUCCUCCGCCCAAGUGGCGUCCCAGUCCAAUCUGACGAGAAAGUGAGACUUUCCGAGAUACAGACUGUAUCUCUUACACUGAACAUUUACCUCUCGACGGACGUCGAGAACAUCUUCAACACCUCGCCGGCAACCUUCCCACUGCCAAUUCACGCCUUGACAUACUCCGACCUCCUCAACCAAGUCCAUUCGGACAUACCUUCUCUCACAAACGGCCCCCAAUACCUCACUCCAAGAAGAAUGGCAGCCACACACGGCGUCAUUCAUUACGCAGUAGCGGCUGCAAUCCCCGCUGUACUCAACGAACUCCUUGGGUACAACACAAUUUCCCUCAAACACGCUCGCGAAGCCUAUUGGACCGGGGCGGCACACAUCAUCGCAUCAUAUCGAUGCUACCACGGCACCGAACAAUUGGUGCGCGUGCACAUGUACGAGGAGGGUUUGGUGGCUGCCAUUGGGGGCACCACUGGAGUCAAUGCCCUACAACGGGCGAACUUGGAGGUGUUGAAGACCUCGUUGACAAUGGACGAGGACGUCCACGACAGGAUGUGGGCGAGGUUGCAGGGCUUGAGGGACGCGGCCGUUGCCAAUGGCAUCUGGCCCGUCGCCCCUCAAGCCCUGUCAAAUGAUUGCAUCAGGAUGGGCGCGUCUGCCCGAGAGACGAUCCGGGUUCUUGGUGAGGGCGAGCGGCGGGCUCGCAACGAGGGAGAUGGCAACCUUGGGGACUUGCUGCGGGCGGCGGCAAGAUCCCUCCGAAAUCUCCCUGUUGCAGCUCCCGCCGCUGCGCCCAUUGUUGCCCCUGCUGCCGCCGUUGCCCACGUGCCGGCCCCGGGUGGUCCGCCGCAGGAGGGCAUUGACUACCUGCACCACCUUGACGGGAGGGUGCUGGCUUGGGAAUGCCUUCUCUGCCCGAACCACUCGGGUGUCCAGCACAAGAGGUCGCUGCAGCGACAUUUCAGAGUGACUCAUGGCCGACACGGUAUGUAG